GUACCCGGAAGUGUAAAUUUUGCAGAUGACACAUGUCAACAAAAUAUUUCUUUAGGAAUUUGUAGCUUAAUUAUUUAUUAUGGACCGUUGUUUUAAUGGAUAAUGGCAACUGAAGCUGCAACAGAUAGUAAAAGGUUAUUGAGGAGAUCGUCAUCCAAUAAGAUGGGACUGAAAGAAAAAGUUGUACAGAUUUAUGAAAUAUUCUUUCAGGGAGAUGACCCAUCCUGUGACAAACCAAAUUUCUGGGAUGAAUUUUUCCUUCUUAAAGUUAACAUUGGUCACAUAGAGAGUGAAUUUGAUAAAUUGUCUAAUGAAAGCCUGCUUGGUUUAAAGGAUAAUUUAAACUUGCUGUUUUAUAAAGCUGUACAGGCAUUGAAAGAAGAAAAUCCCAUUAGAACUAUAAAUGCAUUACAUACAUUAUGUGCCCUGAUCAGAGGUGUGUUUAAGAAGAGUGUAGGUGAUUUUGGAUUUGAUGUAAUUAAUAUCCUGAUAGGAUUUGAUUCUGCUGAGACAGUAAUGCAGCAAAUGGUAGAGAAUUUAAACAGAAUUUUAACAGAAGAAUAUCCAGUCAUUUUAAAGCUCCAAGUUUUGAAGUUUUUACAAGUUUUAGCUACUGCAACAGAUAACAUAAGCCAGAAUACUCUUUUAGAAUAUAUUUUAAUCAACAGUGUAUUUGAAUCUUUGAUCCAGAUUUUAGGAAAUGCUGCAUUAAGACAGAUUUUGGGUCAUGACACUGUGUUAGUUCUUACACUUUUCAUACAGUACAGAAAGUAUGAGUCUGCAAAUCAGUAUAUUGUAAAGUUGUCCAUAUUGGAUGAUGAACUAGCUCUUACAGGAUAUGCACAAGUGGUCCAUAAUGCAUUGUUUGAUUUCAAUAGGAGUUUUGCUGUACGGAACAUAGAGCCACAAGGAGGAUGGUUUUCAGCAUUAGCCUCAAUGGUUGGCAACAUGUUUGUAGCAGAUGAAAAGCAAAUUGCUGCAGUUAGGUCAAAUGACUCAAUAUUACUGGCAUUGUAUGAAGCUAUUCAUCUCAACAGAAAUUUCAUUACAGCUCUUACUCAUACUCAUACCCCAUCAACACCUGCCACACCCCCAUCAUCACCUGUACUCUCACCUGGAAAUCCUUUACUCAAUCAAGUGCCCAAAACAGAUCCUGCAUUGUUAGAACCAACAUGUCAGCCCACAAAUUUACUGGUUACAUUCCUGGAAUAUAGUUCUGUAGUCCUCCAAGAUACCAAAGAUGAAACACAACACAACAAUGCCAAACUAUGUUUAAUUAUUUUAACUUGUAUAUCUGAGGACCAGUAUGCUAAUUCACUGAUGCAUGACAUCAAUAUGAACUUCAGAGUUCCUUUACACAGAAUGCCCAUGAGACAUAGGAAAAUGAAAGUAGAGAAGGAUAUUUCAUCAAGACCAUUAGUAUGUGCAGUAUUAGAUUUAAUGGUUGAAUUUAUAAUGAGUCACAUGAUGAAAACAUUUCCAUUAGAAUUAUAUCUAAAAUGUUUAGGGAUUACACAUAGGGUGCUGUGUUACCAGAAGAAAUGUAGAGUCAGAAUUCAGUAUCCAUGGAAAGAGUUAUGGACUGCUUUGAUUAACUUACUGAAGUUCAUUCUGUCAAAUGAAGGCAGUCUGGUAAAGAGACAGAACAAUAUAUUCCAUCUGAGUUCUAAGAUAAUGAAUAUUUUUAACACCUUCAUCACAUAUGGAGACACAUUUCUGCCAAACCCAAACAGCUAUGAUGAACUGUAUUAUGAAAUUAUAAGAAUGCAUCAAGUAUUUGAUAAUAUUUAUUCAAUGGCUCUUCGUUACACAACCAAUGAUGGUGAGAGUAAAGAUUCUGCUGCUAGACUGACAAAUCAUCUAGUUAAUAUAAGGGCCAUUGUCAAUCACUUCACUCCAAAAGUAGAUGCCUGGUCUGCAGCCAAACAAUUGUCUUCCUUAACUGAAGAACAGGUGUUAGAAGUAGUUAGAGCUAACUAUGAUACCUUGACAUUGAAACUACAGGACAACUUAGAUCAGUUUGAUAGAUAUUCAGAGAAACCAAGAGAAAUGGGAUACUUUACACAGCUGGUCAGAUCAAUCACUGUAGAAGUAAGGAAAACAACAAACAGUAUCUGGACUACACAGACAGAAGUUCUUCAUAGCCUGUCUUCCAUUACAUGAAUUACUGAAUUUCAGGAACCAAGCCAUAUUAAUGCAAUAUAAUACCUUCAAAUAUAUGAACACAGCCAUAAUAAUGUAUGAUUUAUUCUGCUAGUCUUUCAGAUGUGUUCCUUUUUAAGAUAACAAAACUGUAGGCAUUAGUUAGUUGUUGGUUAUUAGAAGGCGUAAAUAAUGAACUUUAGCCCUGUCCCUAAAAUAUUUAUGAUGUAAAAUAGUUGAGAAUAGCACAAAUCAGAAAGGAUAAGAUAAUUUAAGAUCAGAUUGUAAUUGGUGUGUAAAGUUUGAUUGGGAUUAGUACAGAUAUACUAGACUGAUACAAUUAUCUCUUUGAUAAUAUCUGGGUACACAAUAUCAUUGCAAAAUGUUGUUGUUUCUCUAAAAGCAAUUAUGAAGAAAAAAAACAAUUUGUUUCUGUCUUCAUUUCUUUUUAGAUACUUCUGCAACUAUACAGGUCACUUCUUUUGACUGAAAUGACUUGGAUUGCCAAGGUUUAUUAUUCCAAACAUCAGUAGUUUUCUCCAUGUUUCUUGAACUUCCCCCACUAAUAAAAAAUGAUAACUAUGAUGUUACCAAGUUUGAUGAAAUUGACAUCAUACGCAAACAAUCAAACUUAUCAUUUGAUUUUUUGGAAAAUGAAAGUUAAGAAAAAGUUAGAUGAUGCAGUAUAACGUUAACCCCAUUUCACUGUUGAAGUUACAAAAUAAAAAUUUUGGACUGACCAGUUUAAAGAGGACAGGUUAUUUAACUUAGUUCACCAGAUGUGUACAAUGAUAACAAGCAAGUUGACCAUCCAGUGACACUAUUUCCAUUAAAAACAAUGCAUUCAUAUUUUACUUGUGGCAUUUGUCAUAUAAUUAGUUGUCUGUUUGUGUCAGGUUUGAUAUGUCAUAAUUGGGUGCUGUCUCAUAUAUGUCUAUUCAUUUUGCUCAUGUCUGUUAUCUUUUAACCUUAUUUCUGACAUUUUAGUGAAGAUAUCGUGGGAAUUUUUUACCUUUCUUACUAAUUACUAAGUUUAGUUCAUUUUCCUUAGUUUAUGUUCCUUAAUUACCUGUUUACUGUGGGUUUAUAACAAGUUAUGUUUUAUCAUUGUUUCCUGUGCUUGCCAGGGGUAAACAAAAAGUUAUUUGUAUUAAACAAUGUGUGUUAUUACAAAUAUGUAGACAAAUUUGAUGUAGACAUGUGGCAUCUAUCAUAUUUAUUUUAUUUUCUAUACAUCAUGUUCUCAAUUAUGACCUUACUAUGGGAUGCUUUUUUACUUCAGUCAGUAAUGACCAUGCAUGGGUAACCCUACAGGGUAAUCAAGGCUAUUGAUCACCCCUGUCCCCAUGUAAAUAUUAACUCAGCUAUUGUCUCCAAAUUUAUAAUUCCUUAGUGAGAAUUUCACCAUAUAAAUAGUUCCUUAAUCAGAAUUUCAGACAAAGAGUGAGCAAUACUCCAUUAUUUUGUGAGUAUGACAUUGUAUAUUUUUUGUUAACACAUGAUAAUAGAUAUUUAAAGUAAGAGACCUAUUAUUAUUUAUAAAACUUGUUGAAUAUCAGAUGUUGAUUGGGAUGAGUUUGUGAAUUCAAAGUAUCAUGAUAUAUAAGUGACACAAAUCAUAAGAAUAAUUUAAAAGGGUAACUGCAAAUUGAUAUACUAGUCAUAUGGAAGAACUGAUAGUUGAAAAUUCUGUUUAUUUAGACAUUUUGUGAUACUUUAAUAAAUAGUGACGUGAUAGAUAUCACACAAUUAAAAUGUGCAUUUUAUAUGAUGAAUGCAUUGUUUACAUUUAUAUGCAUCAUUUUUCUGAAAUUAUCGUAAUAAAUAUGGCAUUUGUGUCCAUUGUUUGACAAUCACCAUAACAAAUGCACACAAAAAAUUCUGAAUUCACAGUGAUUGAUAGCUAAAUGUUUGUAUGCUAUUGGUUAGUAUUGUUUAGAUGUAUAAAUAAUCUUAUUUAUGUUAUAAUAUUGUUGUUAUAUAUAUAGGUACCUACUUGUUGUUUGGUUAGAGGAUUGAUGUUAAUAUUAAAAGAUGCAAUGUGUUAUUUGGAAAUAAAUGUCUUUAUUACUA